ACAGCAGCGGCAGAGAUGAUCAGCACCGCUGUCUGAACGUGGCGCUGUGUUUGCCUAUAUUCAGCAACAAACAUACAGUGAUGUUGUUAUGUAGUCAGUAAUUGUAACAGGAAAUAUUGAAGAAGGUGAAAUGACGGGGUUUGUACAUUCUUUCGAAGCGCAUACCGCUUCACCGUGUUUUCACUGACGAAGGAUACGGCUGCGCGUCGUCGUCGGGAGAUGGACGGGAGGACUGCGGAUGACAGGAGGACGAGUGAGGAAGCGGCCGACGGCCUCUGUCUCCAGCUUGACCUGGGGGACGCCGAUUCAGCCAAGAAGGCUCAGAUAACAGAGAUGCCGUCCCCAUUUGGAGUUGGCCAAGCCCAUGAGAAAAAGAUUGGCCACAGGAGAGUAGAUGCCUCUGGAGAGACGACAUACAAGAAGACCACCUCCUCUGCCUUGCAAGGGGCCAUCCAGCUGGGUAUUGGAUAUACUGUUGGCAACCUCAGCUCCAAGCCUGAGAGAGAUGUGCUGAUGCAGGACUUCUAUGUGGUGGAAAGCAUCUUCUUUCCCAGUGAAGGCAGUAACCUCACUCCGGCACACCACUUCCCAGACUUUAGGUUUAAAACCUACGCCCCUGUGGCCUUCCGCUACUUCCGAGAGCUAUUUGGGAUCCGACCAGAUGACUACCUGUAUUCUCUAUGUAAUGAGCCACUGAUUGAGUUGACAAAUCCAGGAGCUAGUGGCUCCAUAUUCUACGUAACCCGCGAUGACGAGUUCAUCAUCAAAACUGUUAUGCAUAAAGAGGCAGAGUUUCUACAGAAACUCCUUCCUGGAUAUUAUAUGAACUUGAACCAGAACCCCCGGACUUUGCUGCCAAAGUUUUUUGGCCUUUACUGCGUGCAGUGUGGGGGCAAGAACAUCCGAGUUGUUGUGAUGAACAACAUUUUACCACGCUCUGUACGCAUGCACCUCAAGUUUGAUCUGAAGGGCUCCACAUACAAGAGGCGAGCAUCCAAGAAAGAAAGAGAGAAGUCAAAACCCACUUUUAAAGACCUGGACUUGAAUGACGUUCCUGACGGCCUCACUCUGGACCAGGACACAUACAGCGCUCUGGUCAAAACUCUGCAGAGAGACUGCCUGGUUCUGGAAAGUUUUAAGAUUAUGGACUACAGUUUGCUGCUGGGGGUGCACAACAAGACCCAAGCGGAGCGGGACCGCCAGUCCCAGGGCUCGCCUGCAGGAGGCGGGGAUGAAAAGAAGCGUGCAGCUCAGAGAGCCUUGUAUUCAACUGCCAUGGAGUCUAUACAGGGAGGCUCCACAUGUAGGGACACGCUGGACCAUGAUGACACUAUGGGUGGUAUUCCAGCUGUGGGUGCUAAAGGAGAGCGCCUCCUGCUGUUCAUUGGAAUUAUUGAUAUCCUGCAGUCCUACAGAAUGAUCAAGAAACUUGAGCACUCUUGGAAGUCUCUCAUCCAUGACGGGGACACAGUGUCAGUUCACAGACCUGGUUUCUAUGCUGAGAGAUUCUACAAAUUCUGUAGCACCAUUGUCUUCAGGAAGAGCUGCUCACUGCGAUCGUCUCCAUCUAAGAGAGGACGAGGGGCUCUUUCCAUGUCCAAGUCCAGUGCUGGAACAGGUUCAGCUGGGCAGCGUCCCUCACUGACUGAAGACAAGCAGGAAACCAGGACAACUUGGAGAACCUACAAGGAGCUCCCAGCUUCCCCAUGCUGGAGGACAAUGGGAGAGAGCCACCCUGCACCCCCCUUCCUUUGAAGAUGCUACCACAGCUUCUAUCGCUACCACGCUGUCCUCUAACAACUCCUUACCCACCACUCCCUUCGAUACACCAGAGCACCCACGCUACAGGAGACAAAUGCAUUC